CUGUACACAGUGGCUAGUAUAUAUCAUACAUGCCAUAAAGCACAAUAUGAUUCAAAAAUUUAAUAUAUAUAAGGUGUUAACUAAGUAUAUAGAAGAAAAAGGACAAGUUAAGACUAAGUAUUAACAUAAAAAUUCAUGCAGUUAUGAGUCAAUUGAACAAGAAAAGCAGUAUCAUUGCAAAUAUCCUUCAUUGCUUUCGCAACAUGGUAACUAACAUAAUGAUUUUCAAAAGACGACGAGAUGCGCUGUUUCGCAAAAUUGUUACUCUCUUAAUGAUUAUGCUUUUGAUUUAUCUCAUGUGUCCAGGCCACUCAGAAAUUGAUGAUUACAGGGGGUUUGUUCUUCAUAAGAGAUAUUUCGAAGAUUGGGUGAUAUCUAGAAGCAUUUGGAUGAACGUAGAAGCACGAUCAGUAUUGGUGUUUGUACACAUUCCAAAAAGUGGUGGAACUGAAUUUGGUUUCAAACUGUGUAACAAUUUAUAUGAUGCCAGGUGUAAUUGCACAGAUAAUAACUGGGGGGCUUGCGAGUGUAAAAACCAUCAGAAAAAUACCUGGAUGUUCAGUCCGUAUUCAGUGGGUUGGCCUUGUGGGGUUCAUGCCAGUUUAACAGCUCAUCGUAAUUGUGUCGAUGAAACAAUGAAGAAAUUGGAUUAUACACGUCGUAAUCGGACCUAUUUUUACAUCACUAUAUUGCGUGAUCCUGUAUUACGCUACAUCAGUGAGUGGAAUCAUCAAAAGAAAUGUACUGAUGACUGGUAUAACACGACAAAAGUUCCCGAACUUGAUAUUGAUGAGUUUAUGCAGUGUGUCAAUAAUCCAGCGAACAACAGGCAAACACGAAUGCUUUCGGAUGAAGAUGCCUACAAACAUUUACCACGUGGGCCAUCACAGGAUGAAAUCAUGUUAAGAACUGCGAAGAAAAACUUAAAGUUAUUUAGCUUUUUUGGAUUAACUGAAUAUAUGAUAGAAAGUCAAUAUUUAUUUGAGAACUCGUUAGGGUUACAUUUUGCACAUAGGUUUGGAGCAGACAAUUCUAAAGCUUUGGCCCUUAAAAGGAAUUUAACAGAGACACAAAUUGAAGAUAUUAUUGGUCUGAACAAACUUGACAUUCAGUUGUAUCAAUAUGCUAAAGACAUAUUCUUUCAACGAUAUAAAUAUCAUCUUGAUUUCAUAUCAGGAUACAUAUUUGGUAGAUACCACAGAAUAUGAUUGAGAGCUGAAUUGGAACAGAUAAUGUACAGAGUAGCUACAAAAAGCAUUCAUUGUAAGACAGUAUAGAAAUGUGGUUACUCCUUCACCACUGAUUUCUUCGGAAGUCACUGUCAAAGUUGUUCAAAUGAAAUGUCC